AUGAACACCUCAUUCUUCGGAAUCAAACAUCAUUCUUUUCUCAAAGCUUACAACACUAGCAGCAAUCAUUUGGAGUUGUUGAAAAGAAGAAGCUUGUUGCAGAAAACCAAAAACUGGUGCACCGUAUAUGCUAAACACAGACACCCAAUAAGGCAAGAUUUUAGUUUUUGUUGCCAAAAUGUAAACUUGUUGAGGUUACACCAUGUUUCCGUUAGUGGGUCUAGGUUGAAAUGUACCAAGAAAUCAAGUUUUUCUUCUCUUUUCUUUGCCCCAUUGUGGAAAAAAAGGAUUUUUUUGAUAAGGGUGUGUGUUUAUAGUGUUGUUAUCUCUGGUUUGUUUCUGUUGAUUUGGUUUGGAAGUAAUAAAGUUAAGGGUUAUGUUGAAGCCAAACUAUUGCCUUCUGUUUGUUUAGUAAUCAGUGAGCGAAUUCAGCGGGAAUUUCGCAUUGGAAAGGUUAGAAGAAUCUCGCCGUUGAGUUUGACAUUGGAGUCAUGUUCAUUUGGGCCUCAUAAGGAGGAGUUUUCUUGUGGUGAGGUUCCUAUUGUUAAGCUUCGUCUUCAUCCUUUUGCUAGUUUGAUGAGGGGAAAAGUUGUGGUUGAUGCAGUUUUGUCACAUCCAAGUGUAUUGAUUGUGCAGAAGAAGGACUAUAGUUGGUUAGGGAUACCGGAGAGUGAAGGCGGUAUAAAGAGGAACUUGUCUGCUGAAGAUGGGAUUGAUCAUCGAACUAGAACGAGGAGGCUUGCACAAGAAGAAGCAGCGGUUCGGUCGGAGAGAGAGCGGGAUGACGCAGCUCGGGAAGCUGCAAAGAUUGGUUACUUUGUUUCUGAGUCCUCCCAUGGGAAUGAUUUAAAGGAGACUCAAGUUCAUUCAAGAGGAGGAACCGAUUCCAACUCCUUUUUCUGCAUGAGUGAGGGGAAACAUGAUCAUCAUUGUGUAGACAAGGGUGUUGAUUAUGAUAUGAAACACGCGGAGUUGGAAAAGCCAUUUAGAGUGAAGUUUCCUGGUUCAUCGGGGCUUAAGUUUUUGUCCAGAGUUAUAAAAAGGUAUGGGAAACACAAAUUUAAGAGAAAGUCUAGAAGGAGUGACAUAUCUGAGUCUGGUGUUGCCGUCAAAAAAAGAAUUUUGGAAUGCAGUGCGUCAGCAGCACGUGCAUACUUUUGCGGUCGAUCACAGGGGAAGUCUGAGGAGCCUUCAUCAUCUUCUGGAUGCUUUCAUUCUAUGAAUCUUGAUGAUAAACAUUUGAUAAAAAACGAUACUGAUAAAAUUCCAGAAUUGGUUGCCAGUGGAGAUGAUGAUAAAGAGAUUGGUGCAGAAAAUGAGGUAGAUGUUCUGCAGCCUGAAGGCCUUACCGAGACUCUUCCUGUAAUGUUGGAUUCUGUUCAUUUCAGAGGCGCAACUGUGAUGCUACUUGCAUAUGGAGACAAUGAAGUUAGGGAGAUGGAGAAUGUCAAUGGCCAUGUGAAGUUUCGUAACCACUACAACCAUAUAAACAUACACCUUAAUGGAAAUUGUAAGCCCUGGAGAUCAGAUGUUAUAGGCAAAGAUGGUGGCUGGUUGUCUGCAAAUGUUUUUAUCGACAUUACUGAGCAGAAAUGGCAUACUAAUUUGAAAAUCGACAAUCUUUAUGUUCCGCUAUUUGAAAGAAUCCUAGAAAUUCCAAUUACAUGGUCCAAAGGGAGGGCCAGUGGCGAGCUUCACUUGUGCGUGUCUAAGGGUGAGACUUUUCCAAAUAUUCACGGACAGCUAGACGUGACGGGAUUGAACUUCCAACUAUUAGAUGCUCCGUCGUGUUUCUCUAACGUAUCAGCAAGUUUGUGUUUUCGUGUUCAAAGAAUAUUUUUACACAAUGCGUGUGGCUGGUUUGGCAGCAUUCCUCUAGAAGCAUCAGGAGAUUUUGGCAUUCACCCCGAGGAAGGAGAAUUGCAUAUUAAGUGUGAGGUACCUGGUGUUGAAGUGAAUGCUUUGAUGAAAACUUUCAACAUGAAAUCUUUCUCGUUCCCGCUAGCAGGAUCAGUAACCGCACUGUUUAAUUGCCAAGGUCCGCUAGACAAUCCUAUAUUUGUGGGCACGGGAAUGGUUUCUAGGACAUCGCCUUCUUUACACGUUGACACUCCGGCAACUGUAGCAUCUGAAGCACUUGAUAAAAGUAAAGAAGCUGGUGCAGUCGCAGCAUUUGACCGUGUACCAUUUUCAUAUGUAUCUGCCAAUUUUAGUUUCAACACCGAUAACUGUGUUGCUGAUUUAUAUGGAAUCAGAGUAAGCCUUGUGGAUGGUGGUGAAAUUCAAGGAGCUGGGACUGCUUGGAUAUGCCCAGAGGGUGAAGAGGAUGAGACAGCCAUAGAUGUUAACUUUUCUGGAAAUUUGGCCAUUGAAAAUAUACUUCUUCGUUAUAUUCCCAAUUAUCGUAGUUUGAUGCCACUCAAACUAGGGGUUAUACAUGGAGAGACAAAAAUUUUGGGAUCUCUUUCAAGACCAACGCUUGAUGUAAAAUGGACUGCCCCUUCUGCAGAAGGGUCUUUUAGUGAUGCUAGAGGAGAUAUCAUAAUUUCACAUGAUUUCAUUUCUGUUCAUUCUGCUUCAGCUGCAUUUGAUUUGUAUAUGAAAGCUCAAACAUCUAGUUCUGAUGAUUUUUCUCUUACAAGUGAAGAGUUAUGUGCUCCAAAAGUCAUUCCGUUUACUGUUUACAAGAUUGAGUUUGAUCUGAAUAUGCACGAGUUUGAAUUCUUCCGCUUGGUUACUACUUAUACAUUGGAUUUUCCAAGACCUUUGCUUCUGAAAGCAUCUGGAAGAGUUAAGUUUCAAGGAAAGCUUUUAGAGAAAGGAAGUUCAGAUUGUCUUGUUGGUGAGGUUUCAAUCUGUGGUCUCAAACUGAAUCAAUUGUUGCUCGCACCUCAACUAUCGGGGUUCUUAAGAGUUUCUCCUGAAUGUAUCAAGUUGGAUGCCUCCGGUCGACCUGAUGAAAGUCUGGAAGUAGAGUUUAUCAGGCCACUCCAGUCCGGUGAUGAAGAUGAUCUGAAAAGUAGACAACUGUUGUUUAUUUCAUUUCAAAAAGGGAAAUUGGGGGCCAGUGUCAACAUCCAACAAAGUCUUUCAGCUAGCUUGGAGGUACAAAAUUUUCCACUAGAUGAGCUGGAGCUUGCUUCUCUCAGGGGGGUUAUUCAAAGGGCAGAAAUCAAGGCUAAUCUUCAAAAAAGAAGAGGACACGGAAUCUUAUCUGUACUUCAGCCAAAAUUCAUUGGUGUUCUUGGUAAAUCCCUAGAUGUGGCGGCUAGGUGGAGUGGAGAUGUUAUCACAAUUGAAAAAGUUAUCUUCGAACAAAGCAACAGUCAUUAUGAACUUCAAGGCGAAUAUGUGUUGCCUGGAAACCGCAGUUGCAACGCUGUUGAUGGAAAAGAGGACAGCUUUUUAAAAAGUCGUGUGUCUAGGAAUCUUAGUAGGGUUAUAUCCUCGAUGGGUAGGUGGAGAAUGAAACUUGACGUAUGUAGAGCGGAGAUUGCUGAGAUACUUCCUCUUGCAAGGCUUCUUUUUCGAAGCAUGGACCCUACUGUUCUCUCAAGAUCAAAGGAUUUUUUUAUUCAAAGUUUGCAGUCGGUGGGAUUAUAUUCAACAAGCACUCAACAACUGCUUGAGUUAAUAAGGGGGCAUCAUGAUCCAUCACAUGAUAUUGUUCUUGAAGAUUCAAAUCUGCCUGAUUUAUUUGAUCUCAGAGGUCGUUGGCAUGGCUCUGUUGGUGCAAGUGGCGGAGGGGACGGAGAUACCCUGGCAAAAUUUGACAUUCACGGGGAAGAUUGGGAGUUGGGAGACUACAAAACUCAGUGUAUCUUGGCAGUUGGUGCUUACAGUAAUGAUAAUGGUCUGCGCGUGAAGAAUUUUUUGAUUCAGAAUGAUAAUGCCACCAUUCAUGCUGAUGGAAAUCUGUUAGGACCUAAAACUAACCUUCAUUUUGCGGUCUUAAACUUUCCUGUUAGUCUUGUCCCAAAUGUUGUUCAGCUUGUUGAAUCUAUAGCAACAGAUUCUGUUCAUUCUUUAGAGCCAUUGUUAGCACCGGUUAAGGGUAUCUUGCAUAUGGAAGGAGAUCUUAGAGGAAGUUUAACAAAACCAGAAUGUGAUGUGCAAAUAAGGCUCCUUGAUGGUUCCGUUGGUGGAAUCGAUCUUGAACGAGCAGAAGUUGUUGCUUCUUUAACAUCAACUAGCCGUUUUCUUUUCAAUGCAAAAUUUAAGCCUAUAAUCCAAAAUGGUCAUGUAUUAAUUCAUGGAAAUAUUCCUGUUACUUUUGCUCAAAAUAACACGUUACAGCAAGAUGAAGAAAUAGAUCAGAGCGAGGCUACGUUGUUUCCUGAUUGGGUGAGGAGGAAAAAUAGAGGGACUGCUGCCGAUGCCGACAACAAGAACACGUUUAGAGACCGAAAUGAAGAGGUUUGGAACUCUCAGUUAGCGAAAAGCCUUGAAGGUUUAUAUUCGCAAAAUUUAGAUGUGGGAGAAGUCAGGGUUAAUGCUGAUAUAAAAGAUGGAGGAAUGAUGCUUAUAACAGCUUUAAGUCCUUAUGCCGAUUGGCUUCAUGGAAAUGCUGAUGUCAUGCUCGAGGUGAGUGGUACAGUUGAUCAACCAUUGCUUAAUGGCUAUGCAAUAUUCCACAGGGCGUCUAUAUCUUCACCGGUGUUUCGAAAGCCGCUAACCAACUUUGGUGGUACUGUUCAAAUUAAAUCAAACAGGUUAUCCAUCAUCUCGCUGGAGAGUAGGCUAAGCGGAAAAGGGAAACUGCUUGUAAAAGGGAACCUUCCUCUCAGAACUAGUGAAGAAACCCUUGAUGACAAAAUUGAGUUGAAGUGUGAUGUUCUAGAAGUUCAUGCGGAAAAUAUUUUAAGUGGCCAGGUUGACUCCCAGUUGCAAAUAACUGGUUCGAUAUUGCAACCAGUAAUUUCUGGGAAUAUUAAACUUAGCCGUGGAGAAGUUUAUUUGCCACACGAUGGGGGUAGCGGCGAUAGUCAAGCCCUUGCUUCAAAUCAGUCUGCACUUUCUGCUGGUAGUAAUAGUCAAGAAUUUGCUUCAAGAUAUAUUUCACAGUAUUUUGGUUCGAGAUCUGCUUCUUUGACGACCAAAACUUCUCAAUCCUCGAGCUCUGCGAAUGUUGAUAAGGACAUGGAGAAAACGCUGAUAAAACCAAGUAUAGAAACCCGCCUUAGUGAUUUGAAGCUUGUGCUUGGACCAGAAUUGAAGAUAGUUUAUCCUUUGAUUCUUAUAUUUACUGUUAGUGGAGAGCUUGAGUUGAAUGGUCUCGCACAUCCCAAAUAUAUAACACCCAGGGGCAUACUGGUAUUCGAGAAUGGUGAAGUCGAGCUACUUGCAACACAGGUGAGGUUAAAACGGGAACAUCUGAAUAUUGCGAAGUUUGAGCCCGAGUAUGGUCUAGAUCCAAUGCUAGAUUUAGCCUUGGUUGGAUCUCAGUUCAAAUAUAAAAUUCAAGGUCGGGCUAGCAAUUGGCAGGGCAGUCUGGAAAAGGAUACAUUAUCACCUAUUGAGGAUGUCAGAAAAUUUGAGAGUCAGUUAGCAGGAUCCAAUUUGAAAGGCAAUGAUCAAUUUGCACUUGAAAAGCUUGCAACCGCUACUCUUGAAAAGUUAAUGCCACGGAUAGAAGGGAACGGCCAGUUUGGCAAUGCUAAGUGGCGGAUAAUGUACUCGCCUCAGAUUCCUAGUUUAGUAUCUUCUGGUGCUACGGUAGAUACUUCUAAGUUUCUUGAUGGUAAUUUAACAUUUGGAACAGAUUUUGAAGUACAGCUUGGAAAACGUCUUCAGGCCAGAGUGACUAGGCAAAUGAAGGAUUCAGAAAUGGCAACACAGUGGACUUUGAGCUAUCAACUCACAAAUCGCUUGCAUUUGCGCCUACAAUCUUCUCCAUUACUAUGCAUAUUUUUUGAAUACUAUGCUACAACCGAGGUUUAG